GGCGCUUGGAUCCCGCACUCGGGCCACCCACGGGGCAGUGGGCGCUCGUAGGCCCCCGGCUCUGCAAACUCCGAAGGCGGAGCCGCCUGCGAGCCGAACAGCGGGAGCGCUCGGGGACCCUUGACGGGGGCAGCCGGCUGGAUGGCGGCGGAGGGAAUCGUCCCGCGGUGAGUUUCCCAAGAAAGUUGAACCCGUCCCAAGUUUCCUGUGCUUCGGCUUGAACCCAGCGAGUUGGCGUCGGGCUCGUUCCGUGCGGGUGGUCGUUGAGCACGGGAGUGACGCGAAGGUGUCUGGAUUAAUCCGUCUGGGAAGCAGCCCAGGUUUCUUCCCCGGACUCCGCGCGGCGCGGGGCGCAGCUUUUCGCCCGAGAAAGGGCGGGUAAGUGGCGCUCUGUGGCGUCCCGCGCAACAGCCGGUUUACCGCUGGGCUCGGAGCUGGCGCGUCUGCGAGACUUGUCCAGUUGUUCAGAGAAGGGUUCCGUAAUUUACUCCCAGCUAGGCAACCUUAGGGGCUGACCCGAGGCCCUGCUAUGGACGGCGAGAGCGAAGUGGAUUUUUCUAGCAACAGAUUAACCCCUUUAUGGCGGAGGCGGUCGACCCCUGAGCCCCAGCUGCUGGGCCGGAGCAAACCGAGGCCCCAGUCCUACCAGAGCCCCAGCGGGUUGCUGAUCACGGACUUCCCAGUGGAGGAGCUGGGGACGCUGCCGGCGGCGCAGACUCCCGCCCGGCUGCCCACCUCGUCGGACGGCAGGACGGUGCAGAAGAGCCCCCUCCUUCUUUGCACCCAUCGGUGGGCGGUGACCAAUGGGCGGACGGUCUCCCCGGAAUACAGAGCUGCUUCUCCUCGACCCCGACGGUCCAAGUCACCCCAAGUCCCCAAAGCGGCUUCGGGCGGCUCCCCGAAGUCUCGGGCGAAUGGCACGGUGACGUCGCCUGCCCCGCCGCCUCCGCUGAGCACCCCGCGGACUCCUGCUGUUCCCGCACCCUCCAGCCCGGAGGACCCCACCGGAGUGACUGCCAGCCGGCUGCCUUCACCCACUAUCAAUGGUCUUGCCUCCCAAAACGAUUCCUCUGGCUCCCGUUCUCAGUCUGCGGAGACGGCUAAGAACCCAGAACGGAGGCCUUCGGGACUCUGUAAUGUGCCCCAGAAAAAGUCUUCGGAACAAAACCUCCCCCUCCAAAGGCUGCCCUCACAGGAGAACGAACUACCCGAAAAUCCUUCCGUGGUUUUGAGUACAAACAGCCCUGCUGCCCUCAAAGUGGGGAAGCAGCAGAUCAUUCCGAAGAGCCUGGCCUCAGAAAUUAAAUUAAGUAAAUCCAACAGUCAGAAUGUAGAGCCCCACAAGAGACUCCUCAAGGUACGCAGCAUGGUGGAGGGCUUCGGAGCGCCCCUGGGUCCGGCAGGGGAAGAGAGGGAGGUCGACAAUGACGUGGAUAGCCCGGGGUCUCUGCGGCGAGGCCUGCGGUCCACAUCCUAUCGCAGGGCCGUGGUCAGUGGCUUUGAUUUUGACAGCCCUAACAGCUCCAAGAAGAAGAACAGGAUGUCCCAGCCUGUCCUGAAAGUGGUGAUGGAAGACAAGGAAAAGUUUUCCAGCCUGGGAAGGAUAAAGAAAAAAAUGCUGAAAGGACAAGGAACAUUUGAUGGGGAAGAAAAUGCUGUCCUAUAUCAAAACUACAAAGAAAAGGCCCUUGACAUUGACUCUGAUGAAGAGUCGGAGUUCAAAGAACAGAAGUCAGAGGAAAAAAUUGUGAUUCACCAUAAGCCACUGAGAUCUACGUGGAGCCAGCUCUCUGCAGUGAAAAGAAAUGGGCUAUCUCAAACAGUAAGCCAGGAGGAAAGGAAGAGACAAGAGGCAAUCUUUGAAGUCAUAUCAUCUGAACAUUCAUAUUUACUCAGCUUAGAGAUCUUGAUUCGAAUGUUUAAAAAUUCUAAAGAACUGAGUGAUACAAUGACCAAAACUGAGAGACACCAUCUUUUCUCCAAUAUUACAGAUGUCUGUGAGGCAAGCAAAAAAUUCUUUACAGAGUUGGAAGCAAGGCAUCAGAAUAAUAUCUUCAUAGAAGAUAUAAGUGACAUUGUAGAAAAACACACAGCAUCCACAUUUGAUCCCUAUGUGAAAUACUGCACAAAUGAAGUCUACCAACAACGAACACUACAGAAAUUGUUAGCCACCAAUCCCUCCUUUAAGGAAGUAUUGUCUCGGAUCGAGUCUCAUGAAGACUGUAGGAACCUACCCAUGAUCUCUUUUCUCAUUCUCCCCAUGCAGAGAGUGACCCGCCUUCCCCUGCUGAUGGAUACUAUCUGUCAAAAAACACCUAAGGAUUCUCCAAAGUAUGAAGUCUGCAAAAGGGCCUUAAAGGAAGUAAGCAAGUUGGUUCGCCUAUGUAAUGAAGGAGCCCGAAAGAUGGAAAGGACCGAGAUGAUGUAUACAAUUAACUCCCAGCUGGAAUUUAAAAUUAAGCCUUUUCCUUUAGUCUCCUCCUCCCGGUGGUUGGUGAAAAGAGGUGAAUUGACAGCCUAUGUAGAAGACACUGUGCUUUUCUCGAGGAGGACAUCCAAACAGCAAGUGUACUUUUUUCUGUUUAAUGACGUCCUCAUUAUCACCAAGAAGAAGAGUGAAGAAAGCUACAACGUCAAUGAUUAUUCUUUAAGAGAUCAGCUCUUGGUGGAAUCCUGUGACAAUGAAGAGCUUAAUUCCUCUCCAGGGAAGAACAGUUCCACAAUGCUUUAUUCAAGACAGAGCUCUGCCAGUCACCUCUUUACGCUGACAGUCCUGAAUAACCAUGCGAAUGAGAAAGUGGAAAUGCUGCUGGGGGCGGAGACACAGAGUGAGCGAGCCCGCUGGAUAACUGCCCUCGGACACAGCAGUGGGAAGCAGCCUCCAGACCGAACCUCACUGACCCAGGUGGAAAUCAUUAGGUCAUUCACAUCCAAGCAACCAGAUGAACUCUCCCUGCAAGUGGCGGAUGUGGUCCUCAUUUAUCAGCGUGUUGGAGAUGGCUGGUAUGAGGGGGAACGACUUCGAGAUGGAGAAAGGGGCUGGUUUCCUAUGGAAUGUGCCAAGGAGAUAACCUGUCAAGCUAUAAUCGACAAGAACGUGGAGAGAAUGGGACGUCUGCUAGGACUUGAGACCAACGUGUAACCUCUGAGACAGUGUUUUGUUACUGCGAGAUUUGCACGACAGCAUGGUGGGCUGAUUGUACGGUUAACUUCAUCAGCGCUUAUUUAAUGAAAAGAAAUAAAAACAUUUGCCUUUAAGCUUGCCAAGAUGUUCUGCUCUCCAAAGAACAGCUAGUUAGUUCACAAAAUUCAUUUCUUACGUGAUGAUCUCUUGGUGAACCUCUUUGGGUUCCACAGAGCCGCCCACUUCAGGGAUCACGCAGCCUCAGCACCUCCUACUUUCAUUGCAUUUUGGCAUUAAAAAAAAUAUAUUAAAAUAUAUAUAUAUGUGUGUAUAUAUAUAUAUAUAUAUUGCUAUAUCCUGGUUUUCUUAGUCCCUACUUUACUAAGAACAUUACUCUUCUCCCUUAAACCUCUCUUUUUAUGGUUUUCCGAAUAUUAGCAAAAUUUUGUCUUUAAGGAAUGCCUAGUUUUAGAAAUAUUUUUCCUAUUGUUUUAACAUCUGAUCCUAAUGCUAUGUUGAUUUCGGAAGGAACUGAUCAGAGUUCAAAAGUGAGCAGUCAGGUUCUCCUAAAUCUCUUCCUAGGAAAGGGACAUCAACACUUGAAUUUUUGCUCACAUUUUCCUCAUUAGAUGGAAAGUAAGGAUUUUUUUUAAAAAUCCAUUUCAUUCAGUAUUGGUUUUAGAUACAUGUAGCCUAAUAAAACUAAGCUACUUUAACAUAGAAUUUAGAUGGCUCACAUGUAGAAAAUCCUGAACAUAGGAUAGGGUCCUGAUUUUUUUUAAAUAGUCCCAAGUGAGCUGAUGACAAGCUCAUAAAAUACUGACAUGAGGCUGCUUUUGCCUUUAAUAAUGCAGGAUUCUUACUGUUGCUUGCUCAUUUCCAAUUAGGAAAUUGGGUGGAACACACUUUAACAAUCUCCAGAAAGGGAAAAUGAAACCUUAGAAGUUAUCAAGAAGCCAACAUAAUACCUACUUGAAAUAUUUUGCCCUUAAUGCAGAUCUAUUCUAGUUGCACUCAAAGUCCUUGCUUGCUGGGUUGGGAGUCUCUUAACUGACGGUGUCUGCAGAACUUUAUUUCUUCUCCUAGUGCAGGUUGAGCUAACAGUUGUUUUAAUUGUAGGUCUCAUAGAGAGGAUUUGGAAGACUGGGAGAGGAUAAAUGACUUUUACUGUAUGUUCCCUCUCUGUUCUCAACAAUGGCAUAAAAUCUGGCAAUGUAUACAAUAUUGGAGGACUCAAAUUGUCCCAACUAGUAUCUGCUAACCAGUUGCCCAAACUGUAAGGUUCCAGAAGCCCUAUGCUUAGAUAAAAGUGCUUGGCUCACAUGUCCUGCACCCUUCUACCUCGGCAGUAGACUUCUCACUCUUGGACUGCUGUCUUCUACCUGUACAUACAUUCACUUUCAAAAGACAUUCCAGGUCCUGAGUCUUUUGAGCCUAAGAAAGUAUGUGAAUGAAGCAAUAGCAAUGGGCCACACCAGGAGACCUCUUGGUGUAUGUAGAACAGGAAAUCUGUCUCCUCUUUAAUAAUGUCACAGAUUUUCUAGAGGAGUGGCUAAGAAAUUGUAAUUUAAUUUAUGUUUUGUUUACUAAGGAAGAUAAGUUCAUUGCUUGCAAGGCAAUCAUUUUGUAUUAUUUUUGCUAAUAAUUAGUUGGCAUUAGAAAAAGUAUGAACUCUGUAAAUUAAUUUAUAAGUGCAAGUGUUUAACAGUUUUGGAAGUAUAUGCAUUUUAUAAAUCAAAGCCUUAAUUAGCAAGUGGAUUAAUACAGUUAUUAGAUAAAAUAUUGCUGUACAGCAGUUAACACUAUUCACAGUAUUUCAUUUCAACUUAGAAUUGUUUUUAACAUGACAGUAUUUUUCAAAGCUAGUUCAUUUUCUUUGAGCUCUGUCUCUGAAUUGUACAGUAAUUUCAUUCAUGGAAAACAAAAAUGCCAUCUUUGUUCAAAUAAAUUGAGUUGCUUGUACACUUUAAAAA